AUGGUGGGACUUAAACCUUCAGAUGUUCCCCCUCCACUGGGGGUGAAGAUGGCGAGCGCUGGAGCAGCUGCCUGCAUAGCCGACCUUGUCACAUUCCCUCUGGACACAGCCAAAGUCAGACUACAGAUUCAGGGAGAGAAGGCAGUGGAGGCAGCCAAAGACAUCCGCUACAGGGGGGUGUUUGGGACAAUCAGCACCAUGAUCCGAACUGAAGGGCCCAGGUCUCUGUAUAACGGGCUGGUUGCCGGGCUACAGAGACAGGUGUGCUUUGCAUCCAUCAGAAUUGGCCUCUACGAUAACGUCAAAAAUUUCUACACUGGUGGCAAGGACAACCCAGGUGUACUUAUCCGUAUCCUGGCUGGCUGCACCACGGGAGCCAUGGCUGUGUCCUUCGCUCAACCCACUGAUGUAGUCAAGGUUCGCUUCCAGGCCCAGAUGAACCUGGAUGGGGUGGCUCGUCGCUACAGUGGCACCAUGCAGGCCUACAAACACAUCUUCCAAAACGAGGGUUUACGUGGGCUCUGGAAAGGCACACUGCCCAACAUCACAAGAAACGCGCUGGUCAACUGCACAGAGUUGGUUACCUACGACCUUAUCAAAGAAGCCAUCCUCAGACAUAACCUGAUGUCGGACAAUCUACCUUGCCACUUUGUAUCUGCGUUUGGUGCCGGCUUCGUCACCACAGUGAUUGCCUCCCCAGUGGACGUGGUGAAGACUCGGUACAUGAACUCACCACCCGGCCAGUACAAGAGCGCUAUCAACUGCGCCUGGACCAUGUUGACCAAAGAGGGGCCAACAGCUUUUUACAAAGGAUUUGCGCCAUCAUUUCUGAGGCUGGGAUCUUGGAAUGUAGUGAUGUUUGUGUCAUUUGAGCAAAUCAAGAGGGCCAUGAUGGUCACCAAGAAGAGGAUUGAGGCCACCAAUUAA